UGGGUUGGAGGACAGCAGCAGUGCUCCCAGUGGAAGAUGGCGGUGGGGAUGCUGUCUGGGGCUGGAGCUCAGACCCGCAUUUGCACAAGAAAUAACCCCGCGUGGGUGUGAAAGUGGGUAAAAUGGAGAUGUUGCGGUGUGUUGUCCUCGAGCCGUGGACUCUUUGGGGCCCGUCGAACUAAACUCGGCCGCUUUUUGUCCGCUGCUCACGCACGGCGGUGACUCCUCGGCGCGCGGGCGGGCAGGGUGGGAGUGAAAAGUGCACGAAAAUGUCGGAUACAAAGGUAAAAGUUGCAGUGAGAGUUCGGCCCAUGAACCGCAGGGAAAUUGAGCUGAAGACAAAAUGUGUGGUGGAUAUGGAGGAUAACCAAACAGUUCUGCACCCGCCGCCUUCUAAUGCUAAAGGAGAGAGCAGGAAACAAUCUAAGGUGUUCGCCUUUGACCACUGUUUCUGGUCCAUGGAUGAGUCUAAUGUUCCCAAAUAUGCUGGUCAAGAGGUGGUGUUCAAGUGCCUUGGAGAGGGAAUACUUGAAAAUGCAUUCCAAGGAUAUAAUGCCUGCAUAUUUGCCUACGGACAAACAGGUUCAGGCAAAUCCUUUUCCAUGAUGGGAAACAGUGAACAGCCCGGUUUGAUCCCCCGACUCUGCUGCUCGCUGUUUGAGAGGGUCCACAGGGAGACAAAUGAGGCCCACUCAUUUAAGGUGGAGGUGUCCUACAUGGAGAUCUACAAUGAGAAAGUCCGCGACCUGCUAGAUCCCAAAGGGAGCCGACAGUCCCUGAAGGUUCGAGAACACAAAGUCCUGGGUCCAUACGUGGAUGGUCUCUCUCAGCUGGCUGUGACCAACUUUGAGGACAUUGAGGUUUUGAUGUCUGAGGGGAACAAGUCUCGCACAGUUGCAGCCACCAACAUGAACGAGGAGAGCAGUCGGUCACACGCUGUCUUCAGUAUUAUUGUCACACAAACACUUUAUGAUCUACAGUCAGGGAAUUCGGGAGAGAAGGUGAGCAAGAUGAGUCUAGUUGACCUGGCCGGAAGCGAACGAGUCUCCAAGACAGGUGCUGCUGGGGAGAGACUUAAAGAAGGCAGCAAUAUAAACAAGUCUCUUACCACCUUAGGUUGUGUGAUUUCGGCUCUCGCUGACCAGUCAGCAGGAAAGGGGAAGGGCAAGUUUGUGCCUUACAGAGACUCGGUCCUUACUUGGCUACUCAAGGACAACUUGGGUGGAAACAGCAAGACGGCCAUGAUAGCCACGGUGAGCCCAGCAGCUGAUAACUACGAGGAGACGCUAUCCACGCUACGUUAUGCUGACAGAGCCAAGAGAAUCGUCAACCAUGCCGUGGUGAAUGAAGACCCCAAUGCUCGGAUCAUCAGAGAGCUCAGGGAAGAGGUGGAGAAACUUAAAGUACAGCUGUCUCAAGCCGAGUCCAUGAAGGCACCAGAGCUGCAAGAGAAACUGCAGGAGUCCGAGAAGCUCAUUCAGGAGAUGACUGUCACCUGGGAGGAAAAACUAAGAAAGACAGAGGAAAUUGCCACUGAGCGUCAGAAACAGUUGGAGAGCAUGGGCAUCUCGUUAGAGACAUCUGGAAUUAAAGUGGGUGAAGACAAGUGUUUUCUGGUCAAUCUGAAUGCUGACCCUGCCCUGAAUGAACUACUGGUCUACUACCUGAAGGAGCACACCCGCGUGGGCGCAGACACAUCUCAGGAUAUCCAGCUCUUUGGGAUCGGAAUCCAGCCGGAGCACUGCGUGCUGGAGCUCGGCUCAGAUGGUGACGUUACUCUGAUACCCAUAGGGAAUGCCAGGACCUGUGUGAAUGGAACCAUGAUUGACUCUUUGGUGCACCUGUGGCAUGGGGACCGUAUCUUAUGGGGCAAUAAUCACUUCUUCAGGAUCAAUCUGCCUAAACGGAAGCGGCGGGACCGUUUGAAGGAGUUAGACAGAGCUUCUCCCAGAGAGAGCUUCAUUGAGGCAGAUGUGGAGACGGCCAGUGAGGCGUCCUCGGAGCAGGACUACAGCUACGAAUUUGCCCAGAUGGAGGUCAUAAUGAAGACACUGGGAACCAACGACCCCAUGCAGAAUGUGGUCCAGGUACUGGAGAAGCAGUACCUGGAGGAGAAGCGGACGGCUCUGGAGGAGCAAAAGAUGAUGUAUGAACGAGAACUGGAGUCACUACGGCAACAGCUGUUCCCCGAGAAAACACCACAGCACCACCGCAGCAGCAGUGAUCACAUCGCAUUCCCAACGCAAGCAGCACACGGCAAGCUGCGACUGUGGACAGAGGAGCGGGACGAGCUGUUUCGUCAGAGUCUCUCACGACUCAGGGAGCAGGUUGUGAAAGCAAACACUUUGGUGCGAGAAGCGAACUUCCUGGCAGAGGAGAUGAAUAAACUUACUGACUAUCAGGUCACCCUUCAGAUUCCAGCAGCCAACCUCAGCGCCAACCGCAAGCAUAGAGCGAUAGUGAGUGAGCCAGCCAUUCAGGUGCGGAGGAAAGGGAAAGGAACCCAAGUGUGGACCAUUGAGAAGCUGGAGAACAAACUGGUGGACAUGAGAGACCACUACAGGGACUGGAAGGAAGGCACGGAGGAGACGAGCAACAAGGCAAACAGCAAGAUCUGUGAUCCGUUCUAUGAGGCCCAGGAAAAUCAUAACCUGAUCGGUGUGGCCAAUAUUUUUCUGGAGUGCCUUUUUCAUGACGUCAGACUGCAGUAUGCCGUCCCCAUCAUCAGCCAGCAGGGAGAGGUGGCGGGCAGGUUGCACAUUGAGCUGAUGCGGGUGAGUGGGGCUGUGCCAGAGCGCUUAUCAGGGGGAGACGACUCCUCAGAAAACUCCAGUGAGAGCAGCUGCUACGAGGUGAUGGACAACAACGGGGACAUUGUCCACAUGUCCAAGAGGCUCACCUGCAGGGUGCGGAUCAGGGAGGCCACCGGGCUGCCUCUCAACCUGUCAAACUUUGUGUUCUGUCAAUAUACCUUCUGGGAGCACAGCGAGCCCACUGUGGCUCCUCCCAUGGUCAGCCCAGACAGACCGUUCCCUCGAAGCCCAGACACCCAGUUCACUGUCCAGUUUGAUCACUGCAAGGACUAUGUUGUGCAUGUGACGGAUGAGUUUUUGGAGUUCAUCUCAGACGGCGUGUUGGCCAUUGAGGUGUGGGGUCAUCGCUGUGCAGGGAACGGGCGAUCACUCUGGGAGUUGGAUGCACUAGAGGCCAAAACGCAGACGCUCCGAGACAGAUGGAGUGAGGUGUCUCGCAGGAUCGAGCUGUGGCUCUCCAUCCAGGAGUUGAACGAGCAGGGGGAGUACUCAGCUGUGGAGCUUCAUCCUGGAAAGGACAUCAGCACGGGAGGAGUAUUCCAACUCCGACAGGGUCACUCCAGGAGGCUGCAGGUGUGGGUGAAGCCAGUCCAGAAUUCAGGCACGCUGCCUCUGCUGGUGGAGGCUGUGCUGUCCGUGUCAAUUGGAUGUGUGUCGGCUCGGUGCACCAAACUACAGAGACCCCUCGACAGCUAUCAGAGAGAGGCGGAGGACGAUAUGGAUAGUUAUCAGGAGGAAGAUCUCAACUGUGUCCGGGAGCGAUGGUCAGAUGCGCUGAUCAAACGCCGGGAGUAUCUUGAUGAACAAAUCAAGAAAAUUAUUAACAGACACGAAAAGCCAGAGGAGGAUGUUGAGCGUGAAGCUCGCCUGGUGGAACAGUGGGUCGGUCUGACUGAAGAGAGAAACGCUGUGCUGGUGCCCGCACCUGGUAGUGGAAUCCCUGGAGCUCCUGCAAACUGGACUCCACCUGCUGGCAUGGAGGCUCACGUCCCUGUACUCUUCCUGGAUUUGAAUGCGGAUAAUCUGACUGUAAAUGAGCAGCUGACCGGCCCACAUGCUGCAGGCGUGAACUCCAUUCUGCCCAAGGAGCAUGGAAGCCAGUUCUUCUAUCUCCCCAUCAUUAGAUACAGUGAGGAAGAGGUGUCGGCAGUGUGCUCCUGGGACUCAUCCAUCCACGAUUCUGUGCACCUCAACCGGAUCACGUCUCCUAACGAACGCAUCUACCUGAUCGUCAAAGUCACCGUGCAGCUCAGCCACCCCGCCUCCGUGGAGCUGGUGCUCCGCAAGAGGAUUGCUGUCAACAUUUACAACAAACAGAGCUUCACCCAGAGUCUCAAGAGAAGAAUGUCCUUAAAGAACAUGCUUUACUCCUGCGGCGUUACGUAUGAGAUUGUUUCCAACAUUCCAAAGGCCUCAGAGGAGCCCGAGGAGAGAGAAACCUUGGCCCUCAUGGCUGCUCGCGCUGACAGUGAGGAGACUCAGAAUGGAGAAACCUACAUAGAGAAGUACACUCGUGGAGUUCUGGAGGUGGAGAACAUCCUGAGUCUAGAGCGUCUGAGACAGGCAGUGACAGUGAAGGAGGCGCUGUUGAUGAAGGGGAGGCACCUACGGAGGAGCAUCAGCACCCCCAAUUCUCUGUGCAGUAAAACAGACCUGACUAGUUGUGAAGAUGAAGACUGUAAGGGUCACUGUGAUCGUGUGGACGGCUCCAACUGCAAUCCUCACGAUGGCUCCCUUUGCAGUACACCCAUCAAGAGCAAAGACAGCCAAGGCCUGGUAUCGGAGAGUCCAACAUUUUUCAACUCCAGUCCUUUCAAAGUCCUCUCCCCUCAGCCUCCAAAAUUCCUCAAGUGCCUGCUGCCUGUGAAAGAGGAAAACAAGACCAAGAAGGUCCUGGAAGCCCGGCCGCUGCUGGGGCAAGAGAGCAUGCGCUCAUGUGUGGACAGCCCUGCACUCCUCCCCCUUCCCUGCCCCUGGCACCGGCCCAGGGCAGGCAGCGAGGGCCACUGCAAGCCUUCCACCUCCACCUUCACCCCCACCAGCAGACAGCUCAACCACACACUGCCGCACACUGCUCAGGACUCAGAGGAUGAGGAGACAGAUGUGGACAUGACGCUGAAUUUGGACCGGGCCCUUCAGGAUCACACCAACAACCAGCCUUACGUCCCGGAAGAGUUUGCUAACUUUGAGAUCUACAACGCCACGCUGGAGAGCCAGGAGGGUUUCCUGUCCGCUUGCUGUGAGGUGAAGGGAAGCCGCUGUGGAAGUGGUGAGAGAGAGUUUUCUCGAAGCCCCACAGCCAGCAGUUGCACUAGUGGCUAUUUUUCACACAGUGCCUCCAACGCCACGCUGUCCGACAUGCCUUUCAGCACCAGCGAGAGCUCUGACCACCUCAGCUGUACAACCAGAGACCCCCAUGACCCUCUUUCCUCUCUUGCGGAAAGAGGUUGCAGCCAAACCAAAAGUUUUUCAUCAGGGAACGAUACUCAUCAGCCUACUGUUUCUGCAGGUGUCCUUCAGGAUUUGGGUAUUCAUCCGGCUUCUUCACCGAUCAGUAUUCCUCACUGCAAAGACAAGCAGCAGGCAUUAUCUCUGCAACACAACUGUGUUCUCAGUGCCAGCCAGGAGUUUACUGACUUUAAAGGGGUUGAUGACAGUAUUGGUGAGGGUGAUUUAGUACACUUUAGAGAGCAGAAAGGUUUGGAUUUAUCCCCUAAACAGCAGAAAAACCCAGAACACUUACAAACAUGUGAUGAAGAUGAUCAACACACCUCUGGUGUGGAUGCCAUUAAAACAGCUAGUCUUGAAAAUGUCAUAACAGAUAAAUGUGUUAGUGUUGCUGUUUCCUGUCCAAACACCCCUGUAGUUUGCACCUCCGUCUCAGUCCCUGAACCAGUCUCAGCUCCAGUCCUGAGAGUUCCCUUUGACGCAGUCCCAUCACCAGCAUCGCCCCUCAUCACAACCUUACCUGUAACUCCAGCUUCUCCAGCUCUGCGGGGAGGAGAACCUCCUAUCCGAGAGCCAGCCCAGGGAGAUUUACCCCAUGGAAGUCCUUGUCCUAGCCCAAACCCCAGCAGUGCUGAACCCUCAGGGGACUCCAGCGGGGAUGAGAGUUCCCCUGCAGCUCAGCUACCUGACUGGAUGGCUCCUGGCGAGCAGGUGUGGGUGGGGAAGAGGAGAGGAACGGUCCACUACGUUGGAGGGGUGGAAUUUGCCAAGGGGAUUUGGGUUGGGGUGAAGCUGGACUUAGCAGUAGGUAAGCAUAAUGGCACUGUGCAGGGGAGAGUGUACUUCCGCUGUCCUCCGGGCCACGGAGUGUUUGUGAAGCCAUCUCGUCUCACCCGAGGACCCCCCUCAAAAGACCCAGAAGCCCAGACUAUGAUCAGAUAGGACCCAAAGAAGGACCAGCACACAAGGGUGGCCAUCACAUCCAGUGCCUAUUUGAAAACCACAAACUGACUCCAGUGUGGCUCCAGUUUUACCAGGCUGUUGUAUUCUGUCUGCUUUGAUACAGCAUAGCUGACCUGUGCAUUUAAUGAAAGUAUAUCCUACUGUCCACUGAACAAUCUCUAUGCACAUAUCUGACUUUUAUAUGGUGGUAUUUUUGGAAAAAGUCCAUGUAGAUAUAUUACCUACAUACUGUACAUUUUCUUAUGUUGAUUUCAGAACAUAAUAUUUUUGUAAAACAAUGCAUCCUUCUGCGAGGAUUGCAUGGGAGAAGUCUGGGAUAUGAAGAAUGUACUACUGUUGAUAAUAUUGAGGUGUUAUAUUUUGGGGUUUUUUUUUUACAUCAGUGUGUGUCAGGGUUAACCAAAGAACUGCGGUUCUGUAUCUGCUGUUUUUCUUAUGAACACACAUGGAGGCCUCCACCAAGUAUGUGUGUCCAACUAAAGCUUAGUGCCAUAUCUGUAGGAGUAAUCCCAUGUACCCUGAACAGUGGACAAGUCUAGAACCUGAAUUAUUUUCAGUGUUUUAAGUGCAGAUUUUAUGUUAAAUUAACCUGUUGAAGUACUGUAACACUGUGGAGGAAAUGGUCACCAUUAAGUAUGUUAACUGAUGCCAUUGCUGUUUGCACUGGAAAGGAUUCUUGGAGAGUUCACCAACUGUCUUCCAUAUCGGACUGAUGAAGCUUUUUUGUGUACGUUGACCAACAAAGCAGUUAUGCUUUGUUUGAAGCUCGGACAUUCUGAUGGCUAAAUGCCCUGCUUCUAUAGAGGCAGGCACGUAAAUUCCUGACUACUCCGUGUACAACAAACACCCCAAAAGACAUUCACUGAGAUUUACGUGACACUAAGCUGUGUGGACCUGAAACCUGUGUGUAACGUGAUGCAACAAGGCAUUCAAAAUGCCAUCACACCUCGCUGACUGUUUGCUUGAAUCGCCUUUUAACCUAUUACCUAUUAUCUACAUUAGCUGGCAGAAGAUAUAACACUAGCACAUUAUUUUAAAAGGUACUUAAAAAUGCAAUAUUUUCACAGGUGGUUAAUAGUGUGACGCUACAAACGAUGAUUCAAAACUGGUUUAGUUUUGGAGAGAAGUUGUCGUAAGAAGUGCUGAACUGUGGAACUGACUAGAAAUAGUUAUUCAGGCUGUAAAUGAAAGCAAACGAAAGAAGCCCAAGACCUUACUUUAACGAAGAUAUCAAAGCUGCUCUCCCUUAUAAGGAGUUGUAAAUGUAUUUGAAUAUAGUAUUUACACUAUUAUAAUGUACAGAGUUGUAUUUAUAAUGUAUAUCAUCCUGUUUUAAUUGGUACAAAUUGUUCUAGAAUAGAACAUUUACAUUGAGAA